AUGCCAAGUAGGAGGCGAACCAAAAAGAAGAACAAAAGAACCAACAAAUGUACUGAUUAUUAUUGUGAUUCAAGAAUAAAAGUCAACCAAAGUCGAAAAACAAAAACCUGCCAAAAUUGAUUAUUAGCCUAAACCGGUGACAAGAGCCCAGAGCAAGACCAAAGACCAAAAGGAAAAUCAAAACGUAUAGGAAUCCGUCAAAUAAACAAAGGGCCACAUCGAUAAACAUCAUAACAAAGAAUAACAUCCUAAUUCGCAAAAUGAAAAAGGGAUUCCCGCUUCUUCAACAUUGACUCAUUAACAAGGUAUAUUAACACAUUGUGAUUGAUGAAGAGUGUUCCGAUCAAAUUUCUUAGAUUUCACAGUUAUUUACUCUAUAAAAAAGUGAAGCUCCAAAUAAUCAUUCCCGAUAAUUAAGUAAACCCAAGAUAUUGAGUAUUCGGGCUGCUAAAUUAACCAUUCCUGCAGAAACUAAGGAAAUUCAAAUGGAUAUCGAGCAAGAGGAAUGCGAGUUCAUUAAUCAGGCCAUGAUACAAACCAGAUGCAACCUCUUGGGAAUGCCCAAACAGAGUAAAUCUAAAAAGGACCAAUCUCUAACAACAGAAAAAAACUUCGCAUUUGAAACAUCUGAACAAUCAGCAAUCGUCCAAGCUCCUCGUCCUCACAAAACUUAAGAACAAUUAGCUCUCAUGGAGGAAUGCUUUACAUCCUUACUUGAAAGUACAGUUCCCGAUGAAAUCCUUUGUAGGGAUCAAGAAAAGAUACUUAUCACAAGAUUCAUUGAGGAUGGCAUCAAAAAUAAUGGAUAAAAAUAAGCAUUAUGUAAUUUAAACCAUUAAUAACGUAGAUAUAUCGGGAGUUCCUGGAAUAGGCAAAACAGCCACAGUCUUGGAGGUCAAAAAUAAAUUGCUCUCCAAAAAACUCAACUUUGAGUUCAUCUAUUUCAACGCCAUGAAUGUUGGAGCUCCCGAAGACAUUUAUCCAUUUCUCUAUGAAAAAUUCACCAACAAAAGAGAAACCUCCAGAAUCAAAUCUUGCAUCCUUCUAAGUUCUUGAUUUUCUUUAUUUUAAGCCGAACUCUUCAAUGGUGAAUCUGAAACCAUCAAGCAAAACAAAGUAGUAUUACUAGAUGAAUGCGACCAUCUCUACACAACCGACCAACAAGUUCUGUACAAUUUGGUUGAUUGGCCUCAACAACCUUCAGCCCAUCUAAUCAUCAUCAUGAUUGCUAAUACUAUGGAUUUUCCUGAAAGACUCAAACCUAAGUUAUAGUCCAGAUUGGGAAAUCAUCGUAUAGUCUUUAAACCCUACAACAGUACCCAAAUAGAGAGUAUAUUAUAACAGAGGAUGAAAACCAAGAAAAUUAAAUAAUUAUUUGCCUCCAACACACUAAACUAUUUGGGCAAAAAGAUUGCUACCAUUUCAACUGACAUUCGAAAGACCUUAAGUGUCUGUAGAACUGCUAUCGUCUUGGCUAAGGAGUAGCUCUUAAAGAAAGGCCUGUUUUCUCAAAUCGAAGUAGAUCACAUAAAACUAGCCUAUGAUAUGAUCUACAAUAAACCCUAACAUAAUUCUUUGUAAUACUUUAAUGAUGAAUUGAAACUGCUUUUGAUAAUGAUCGCCCUUGAAACUCACAUUAAGGGUUAUAAUUACGCCUAUUUUCAUCAAGUCAUUCAAAGAGUGAACCAAUAAAAACAAUUAUAGAAAAAAGAUACUCUUACAAACUUUUAAAUGAAAUAAGUCUUAAUAAAGUUAUCUCAGUUGAACUUAAUUGAAAUUAAAGAGGAAUAAGUGUUACUAACAAAAAGUAGCUGGCAACAAAAAUUACAGGUAAACAUUCACUACUAUUUUAUUUAGAAUAGUUUGGAUAAGGAUAGACUAUUUAAUUUGGAGGAUAUUUUGAUUCAACUUAAAAUAAACAUCGAUGACAUUAAGAAUGGACUUUCAAAUGAUGAUCUUUUUAAAGAAUUUUCAAAUUUAUUUUGA